CUGUUGAUGUGAGGAGCAGAGGAGGGAACGUGAGGAAUGGCUGAACACUGACGGUGAUCUCCUGCAAGCAAACAGCCGUCCUGAGGACCGGACCGCCGCCGGACCUCCUCCUCCUUCUUCUCCUGUUUUUAUCGCUGGUACCGACGCGCCGCUGUUUUAUCGGUAUUUCGGGUUAUUUCAUGGGACCAGGAAAACGUAAAGAAACGCACGGUAGCUCCUGCCGCCGCCGCCGCGCCGUGUUCAUGGACUAACCGACACACGGGCUGAGCAAUGCUCCGCGGAAGGUAGCAGGUCGCUCCGUUAGCUAGCAGCUAGCCUCGCGUGUCCGCUGGAUGAGGAGGUGGUCGGUCGGUGGGUCCGUGGCUCGGUCCGUGGCUCGGUGGGCUUGUUGUUGAGCUUCAGCUCCGCCACAUGAGAAGUCGACGUCCGGAGCGGAGCAGACAAUAGGCCGCCUCUCUCUCGGCUUAUUUCGUGGUAUUUUAUCGCCGCCGCCACCUGAACCGACGCCGCCGUGAGACGGGGGGUACCAUGGGUCUGUUCUGGAUAUGUCUGUGGUGUUUGCUCCGUCCCGGUGCCGCCGGUCAAGGGCAGUCGGCGGCCGUGUGCUCGCCGUCAUGCAGCUGCGAUGAAGAUGGGGGCGCAGACUGCUCCGGGAGAGGACUCACCGCCGUCCCGGCCGGGCUCAGCACGUUCACCUACUACCUAGACCUGAGCAUGAACAACAUCACUGAGCUUCCAGCAUAUGUGUUCAAGAACUUCCCCUAUCUGGAGGAACUACGACUUGCGGGGAACGACCUGUCAUUCAUCCACCCUGAAGCCCUGUCUGGACUGCACCAGCUCAAAGUCCUGAUGCUCCAGAAUAAUCAGCUGAAGACGGUGCCCAGUGCAGCCCUGAAGAACCUUCACUCUCUGCAGUCGCUACGUCUGGAUGCAAACCACAUCACAGCGGUGCCAGAUGACAGUUUUGAAGACCUUCAGCAGCUGCGCCACCUCUGGUUGGACGACAACAACCUGACGGAGGUGCCCAUCAGCUCCCUGAGACACCAGGCCAACCUUCAGGCUCUGACUCUGGCACUCAACCGCAUCCUCUACAUACCAGACAACGCCUUUGCAAAUCUCACCAGUCUUGUUGUGCUGCAUCUUCACAACAACAGAAUUAAGGAGAUAGGAGACAACUGCUUUGCUGGACUCGUCAACUUGGAGACGCUAGAUCUUAACUUCAACAACCUGAUGGUUUUCCCCAGAGCGAUCGAGGCCCUGCCCAAACUGAAGGAGCUCGGCUUUCACAGCAACGAUAUCGGCUCCAUACCGGAAGGGGCCUUUCAUAACAACCCCCUGCUGCGCACCAUACAUCUGUAUGACAACCCGCUGUCGUUUGUGGGCGCUUCAGCUUUCCAGAAUCUCUCUGACCUGCACUCGCUGAUGUUGCGUGGGGCCAGCAUGAUGCAGGACUUUCCCAUCCUUACUUGGACAAAUAAUCUGGAGAGUCUGACCCUGUCAGGAACGAAGAUAUCCUCCAUACCCAGCGAUCUGUGUGAGGAUCUCAAGCUGCUGCGGACGCUAGACCUGUCCUACAACCAGAUCGAGCUGCUGCCGUCCUUCCACGGCUGCAUGCGGCUGCAGGAGAUAAGCUUUCAGCACAACCGCAUCCAACAGAUCGACAGGGACACCUUCCACGGGCUCUCCGCUCUGCGCCUACUAGACCUGAGCAGGAAUGAGGUGCGGCUGAUCCACAGAGAUGCCUUCCUGAGCCUCACGGCGCUCACCAACCUAGACCUGAGUCUGAACUCUCUGACUGUGAUUCCAACCUCUGGACUCGGCUCGCUGAGUCAGCUGAAGCUCUCAGGGAACCCACAGAUGAAGAAUGUGCUGACUGCGAAAAACUUACCCAAGCUCAGGUCCAUCUCUGUCCCGUACGCCUACCAGUGCUGUGCGUUUGUUGGAUGUGACUCAGCGACGAGUCCCUCUGAGGAGCACGACCUGAAGAAGUCUGCAGGUGGGGAGGACGUGGACAGAGUCUCCAUGAUCAUGCAUUGCUCUCCUUCACCAGGAGCCUUCAAGCCCUGUGAGCACCUUCUGGGUAACUGGAUGAUCCGUCUGACCGUGUGGUUCAUCUGCCUGGUGUCGCUGGUCUUCAACAGCCUGGUGCUGGUGGCCACCUUCUCGUCCACUCACCGAGCGGCCGGCCAUUCCCACUCCGUGCCGGCGUCUCUUCCUCCGGCCAGGCUGCUGAUGGGGCUCCUGGCUCUGGCCAACCUGCUCACAGGCCUGUAUGUCGGCGUGCUGUCCGUGCUCGACGCCGCCACGUGGGGAUCCUUCGCCGAGUUCGGCGUGUGGUGGGAGAUGGGACCCGGCUGUCAGGUCACGGGAGCUCUGGCCGUCUUCUCAUCGGAGUGGUCGGUCCUGCUGCUGUCGCUGGCAGCUGUGGAGCGCAGCGUGGCCGUGCGGAUGAUUCUCGGCAAAGCGCUGAUGUCGCCCAGGAGGAGCGCCGGCAGCCACCGCGGGUGCCUGAGAGGAGAUCGCCGCUUCAGCCUGGCUGCAGGGCUGCUGGGGCUGCUGGCCGCCGCCGGGGCCUGCCUGCCUCUCCUGACCUUCAGCGACCAGUCCUCGUCUCCGCUCUGCCUGCCGUUUGCCGGCGGCGACACCCCGGCUCUGAGUGUGACGGUGGUUCUGGUGCUGCUCAACGCGCUGGCUUACCUGUUCACCGCCGCCGUGUACACCCAGCUGUACUGCCACCUGGGCCGGGUGGAGCUGGCGGACCCGGAGCAGACGGGCGCCCUGCGACACGUCGCCUGGCUCAUCUUCACCAACUGCAUCUUCUUCUGUCCCGUGGCAGCGUUCUCCUUCGCCCCUCUCUUAACCGGCUCUACAGCCGGCGGUCCAGAGAUCGCCAAAUCCGUCACCCUCAUCUUCUUCCCGCUGCCUGCGUGCCUGAACCCGGUGCUGUACGUGUUCUUCAGCCCGGCCUUCAGGGAUGACUGGCUGAGGCUACGCGGCCGCGGCGGUCUGACCAGAGAGGCGAAGGUCGGCGCCGAAGGCCACCGAGACGACGGUGGCGGAGGGUCGGAGCUCACAGACGGAAGCUCCACCCACCUGGGCUUUGACUGCGGGAUGUACUCGCAGCUGUGUGGGGAGGCGGUGGUGUGCGAGCAGUGCGAGGCGGCGCUGCGUGCCCGGACCUGCUCUUCCCCCUCGUCCUCCACAGUCUGCAGACACUUGGUGAAGUCUCACAGCUGUCCCACCCUGCUGGCCGGAGCCGCAGUGUGCCAGCGCUCUGAGGGGUUCUGGGCCGACAGCGGCACGCCCUCUGCUCAGUCCGAGUACGCCGACGAGGGCGACUCGUUUGUGUCGGACAGCUCGGACCAGGUCCAGGCCUGUGGCAGAGCCUGCUUCUGUCAGAGCAGAGGCCUGCCUCUCGUACACUACUCAUACAACAUACCUCGAGUCAAGGACUAGGACGCUGCAGAGCUCCGGUACGUCUGCGUGCACAGACCUCUGACAUGUGAAUCUAGACGCUACAAGAAUAUAUAAACACUUUUAUAUCAAGACAACAAGAUGUGCCAACUGCCCUGCGAUCAGCACUUAGGUUUGUUCUUACUGUUAGCAGAGAUGCUAGCGAUCAUUUAAAGGGAACUGAGACCAGGUGUAGUGAACUGUCACGCUACUAACUGGUCGACAGAGGAUUGCAGAGGAGAAUCUUGCCAGCAGUGCCUGCCUCUUGCUUCCAGGUGGUCGUCAUGGUGACGUGAGCCUCGGCGUGUCAGAGGUUCUGUGGUUUCUCUGUUUUACCUGUAAGCUGUUUAAUUAUUACACAUCCUGUCAAUUUCUAAAGAUUCUCCACAGCAGCUGUUGAUUUUCUACGUUGAUUUGUUUUGUCCGUACAUGUAGCAGGUGUCCUCAUCACUCUAGACGUGUGUUUGUGUGAAUGUAAGCUUCAGGUGGUGUUGAGCGAGCCGGGCGGUUCUGAUGGUAUCUCCUGCCUGCUGGAUGGUUCCAGCGUGAGGACGGCAAACAGCAGUCUGUCAUGAAACACGUCUCUGCUUUAAGCUCCCAAGACUAAGAAUGUGAUGAACGUAGCAGACGCCACUGUUUGGUAUUUAUUGUGUGAGCAGCAGGAGUGUGUGGGCGGAGACUCGUUCAGGUGUGUGACAGGUAAAUACGCCCUACGCUGUAACAGCAGCUCUUCUCUCUCUACUGAUCUAGGUCAUUACUUUCAUUUGUCUGGAGGAGAGUUCUGGUGGUUUCAGAACCUGGGCCUUGUUGUCUGCGGUUCUGCCGUCGUGCUGUUUGAUUCGGAUCAGAGUGUGUCUUUGUGUUCGUCAGCGAGCCGAGCGGCACAUCAGACGCCCAGAACGCUGGAGUGAAAUCUGCUUUCAUGUGAUGUACAGAACGCUUGUGGACUCGUUGCUCUGCUCAGCACGGCGAGUUCUAGCGACCCGUUCAGGAGGAGGUUCCUGUUAAUCAAAGCUAAGUGUUGAUGGUUGAAGUCACAUUCAGUCAGAAGUAAUCCUGUGUUGUGAGAAAUGUGCUGAAUUGCUGUUUUGCAGUGAGUGAGAUGAGGAGCUCAUCACAGGUCUGUGGCUGAAUGUGAAGCUAUUGUUAGCUUAGCUUUGCAUACAGACAGGAAGUGGAGGGAAGUAGCAGGCCUGUUUCCACACUUCACUCUGUGCUGAGCUGAACAGGAGCCGGCUCCGUGUUCCACAGAGAAUCCCCCAAAGCGUCACGAAAAGGACAAAACACACAGGAAACGAAAACAGGAAAUCCCAAAACCUAAACCGACUGUAUUCACACUUGUGAGAGGAGCGCCUGACGUACGUCUAAACUCAUCAUCAGACAGAUUGUUGGCUCGCGAGCAGCGACUCGUAGCAUCCAAGUUAAACACAUGAAUGUAAUCCCGCUUUCCUCUCACGUGACCCGAACGCAGGACAAGACCGGCAACCAGCUGAGUCAACAAGAUGGCGUGUGAGCGCUGCCAGAAAAACCUGGAGCAGUGGAACUGAAACGUGGUUGAUUAUUAUUCACCCGCAGACAUUUAAAGACGAGUAUCUGCAGCUUGCACCACGUACAGCUACAUGUUCACAUGAUGGCACAAGAGCAGCAAACAAGGCCCAGGCUGGAGACACGAGGACUCCUUCACUUCACUAGCUUCAGUCUGUGUAGGUCAUCACAAGAGCAUUAUUACAGUUACCUUGUAAAGCAAACGGUGUGUGUUGGGAUCCUGACUGAGGCUGUGUGGAGCGGCUGCUGGUGAUUGGUGUGCCGGAGCGUGACUGUACACAUUAAGGCGGACACGCCCUCGGAGCAAGUAGCCACAAGUGCACAUGGUGUGUGAGUGCUCAGGAAUGUAGGCGAUGUAGGGAAACGUUCACCAACAAGACCUUCUCCUGUCUCUCAUAAUGCACCGUUUCAUUUUCAUGUGUUUUCUGUUUCAACGCUGUUUCAACGACGUUCUGGCCCCAAACCAACACGUCCUCUGACUGCUGGAGACGCCUGAAGUCCAUCUGCUGGACGUGUCCACGCUUCUCAGUAGGCUCUGCUCUUUCUUUCUUUCUUUCUUUCUUUCUUUCUUUCUUUCUUUCUUUCUUUUUUAAAUGUAAAUUAUUUGAAAAGAAAACCAGUAAUCAAGAAUGGGAUGCUAACUAAGGAAGCUACCUCCUCAGCUGUAGCGGCGACCAGCAGUGCUUUGUAAAUGAAAAACUUGUUACUCUCUGUUCUCGGCUUUAUGUUGACGCGUAGUUACGUGCAAAUUGUGGGAGGAAUCUAUGUACUGUAUACUGUGAUUUUAUUUUUUUAACCACCAAACUAUAAACUAUGAAAAUGUUGUUUUAUCUUUUCUAGAUACAAACGUGCAGAAUAAUACAGAUUAUAUAAAAUAUCUCACUUCAGUUUUCAUUCAAUCUUAUUUGUAGUUUUUCAUGUGAGAUCUCCCCAAAUUGUUUUUAUUCUGUUCGAAUAAUCCUUUAAAUUGUGAAUGAAUAAAAUUAGACGAACACAA